AUGGCGAACUCCGGUAUUCAGCUGUUGGGAUUUUUCCUCUCGUUAAUUGGCAUCGUUGGACUGAUCAUCGGGACCAUUCUGCCGCAGUGGAAGAUGUCAGCGUACAUCGGGGACAACAUCAUCACAGCCGUGGCAAUGUACCAGGGACUGUGGAUGUCGUGCGCCUUCCAGAGUACCGGGCAGCUCCAGUGUAAAAUCUACGACUCCAUUCUGCAGCUCGACAGUUCACUUCAGGCCACCCGUGCCUUGAUGAUAGUUGGCAUCAUUGUGUCCGUCGCAGGUCUGGGUGUGGCCUGCAUGGGAAUGAAGUGCACCACCUGCGGAGGGAACGAGAAGCUGCGCAAGUCCCGCAUCGCCAUGACAGGAGGCAUCAUCCUGCUAGUGGGAGGGCUGUGUGCCAUCGUGGCGUGCUCUUGGUUUGCUCAUAAUGUGAUCCGGGCUUUCUAUAAUCCCUACACUCCAGUCAACACCAAGUUUGAGUUUGGUGCUGCCAUCUUCAUCGCCUGGGGCGGCUCCCUCCUGGAUGUCCUGGGCGGAGCCAUGCUGGCUGCUUCCUGUCCACGAAAGAAACAAGUGUCCAAGUACCCGUCCAUGGCCAGUUCCCGCUCUGGUCCGCCGAGCAGCACUAAAGAAUAUGUCUGA